GCGCCCAUCAUCAUCAGCUGCAACCACAAUGCGCUCGCGCUGAGUGACUGAGUGAGUGAGUGGGAGGAAUCCGAGCAGUGGAUGAUACUACUUGUUAUGGCUGUUACAUCCCGAGGACCACAAGCUACACCUCAAACGUGUGAUGUUAAUUGUUAUUGCAGCAAGUGAACGAUGGCCUCGGUCAGCGUUUUCGUGUGGCUCAUAGUGGCCCUAAUUGUUCGUUCUGCCAAUGGCAUACACGGUCAAAUCCGGGCUUUAAUCGACUCCAAACAGAGAUCUGUGUCGCAGAGUGGCGUGAUAACCAUCCUGAGUAAGUCACACGCAGACCGCAAUGUUUAUCCUUCUGCCGGAGUGCUUUUCGUUCAUGUGCUUGAGAGAGAAUACUUUAAAGGGGAGUUCCCACCUUAUCCAAAAGCAGGUGAUGCCAGUAAUGACCCAAUCACAUUUAACACCAACCUAAAAGGCUAUCCGGACAGGCCUGGAUGGCUGCGGUACAUUCAGAGAACGCCACAUAGUGACGGCGUACUCUAUGGCUCACCAACUGCUGAGCAUGUGGGCAAGCCAACCAUCAUAGAGAUUACCGCAUAUAACAGACGUACUUUUGAAACCGCCAGGCACAACUUGGUCAUAAACAUCAUGUCUACCGAAGCAGAAUUUCCCCUGCCCUAUCAGGCUGAGUUCUUCAUCAAGAACAUAAAUAUUGAAGAGAUGUUGGCCAGUGAGGUGUUGGGAGAUUUCCUCGGUGCUGUAAAGAAUGUGUGGCAGCCAGAGAGGCUCAAUGCCAUCAAUAUCACUUCAGCACUGGACAGGGGCGGACGAGUCCCCUUACCCAUCAAUGACCUAAAAGAGGGCGUGUAUGUGAUGGUGGGAGCAGAUGUGCAGUUCUCAUCAUGUCUGCGAGAGGUGGAGACUCCACAAAACCAGCUGCGAUGCAGUCAGGAGAUGGACCCCUUCAUCAGUUGCGACAAGAAGUUCAGAGCUCAGUUCAACAUCGACUGGUGCAAGAUCUCUCUGGUGGACAUCACUAAGGUAGUUCCAGUGUACAGUAAUCGCCCAGACCCGGGCACGGGAGUGCUACCGGACAUCGGAGAGUACAACCCGCCUCCUGAAUCACUGAAAAGUAGGGACUAUUUUGCCGACUUCCUGAUCACACUGGCUGCACCUUCGGCUGUUGCCCUGGUACUCUUCAUCAUCCUUGGCUAUUCCAUGUGCUGCCGACGGGAAGGGGUGAAAAAAAGAAACAUGCAAACACCAGAUAUACAGCUGGUUCACCACAGCUCCAUUCAGAAGUCUACUAAGGAGCUUCGCAACAUGUCUAAGAACAGGGAGAUCUCUUGGCCUCUCUCAACACUGCCAGUCUUUCACCCUGUGAGCGGAGAGGUGGUGCCGCCCAUCCACCCCGACAACUACGAGACCACCAGUAUGCCACUCAUGCAGACGCAGACAAAUCUUCAAAAUCAGAUUCAAAUACCACAGCAGCAGACUUCUGGAGAUAAUUAUUGUAUGUCGACUUUUCGGAGAUUAGAGGUAAAUGGUAUUCCUGAGGAGAGGAAGGUGGCAGAAGCUUUAAACCUGUGAUGAGGUCCUCUAAGGCUUCAUUUUUGUAACUGUUUAUUUUAUGCCAAAUGUGCAUGUGUAGCUAUAGCUUUAAACUCAAUGGCUUUUUGUUGUAAAGCAUAUGUCUGAAAGUGCAAUGCACAAAACAUUUGUGUAUUCACAGUGGAAUUUGUUUUGAAGGUGCACUCAGCAACUUGGACUUACACUGACCCCUAGGGGCACGAAUGCAGCAUCAUUCAAAUGCAAUUCUUUUUCAGUUAACUAUGCCAUUUUCAAAAACCACUGUUCACAGUCAGCCAUGAUUACUUCAACCCAUGAGUGAAAGUGUCCAAUAACAGGAAGGUUACUGCAAUUGAGUUGUAUUCAGCUGGUCAUGUGAUUCUAAUAUGGCCACCCCCAUGAGGGGACCCUCUCCAUGAAGAAUAAAACAGUUUUUAUAAUGUUGCUGAGGUGACUGGAGUCUUCAUCUCUCAUGAGUGUUAAUGAUUUCAUACAUAGGCUACUUUUUAAAAUUGCAAUCCAUUUAUAACUUUUUGAAUGAGGAAAAAAAUACUGAGUGCACUUUUAAGAUGGGCACGCUGAAGGAAUCAAAAUUAAACAUGUCAAAUGUUUUCUAAUUUUAAGAGUAAAGAAAGGAAAAGUUUUUUCUUUUCAGAUACACUAGAUUUCCUUUGGUCUACCACUAAUGGGGGCACAUGGAAGGGAUA